CCUCGGCCCGGGCCGCAGGGGAAGCACCGCAGACCUUGGGGCUGAGGCCGGCGCGGAGCCGCCCGGGGCCUGGCCGGGUGCGGGGUCCAGGCAGCCUCGAGGCCGGCCUCCCUGCGCUGGGCGUGGGGUCCUGGCUGGAGGCCCGCACCCCGAAAGGCCACGUUGGAGAGCCGCUUCGCUCAGGGCUGGGGUUCCUCGGGAGGAGGACCUGAGGCCCCGCGGGCGGCGGGCCUGCGGUGGUGCGGAGCCGGGCCGGAGCCGGAGGACCCCCUGAGCCAUGUCUCUCCCCGACGGCAGGGACCCCGAGCGCCAUGUCAGGGUGAAGCAGCGGGGCCCAGUGCUGAACAUGCUGAGGAGGCUGGACAAGAUCAGGUUCAGAGGUCACAAGCGAGACGACUUCCCCGACCUGGCGGAGUCUCCCAACGCCUCGGACACCGAAUGCGGCGACGACGUGCCCCUGAAAGUGGCUCGGACCUCGCCCCGGGACAGCGAGGAGCUGCGGGACCCUGCCGGUCCGGGGGCCCUCAUCAUGGCCGCGGGAGUCCAGGACUUUAACCGGACGGAGUCUGAUCGGCUGAACGAGAUCAAAGGUCACCUGGAAAUCGCCUUGCUGGAGAAGCACUUCCUGCAGGAGGAGCUCCGGAAGCUGCGAGAGGAAACCAACUCCGAGAUGCUGCGGCAGGAGCUGGACCGCGAGCGGCAGCGGCGGAUCGAGCUGGAGCAGAAGGUGCAGGAAGUGCUGAAAACCAGGACCGAGGAGCAGGCGGCUCAGCAGCCUCCGAGGAGCCAGGCCCCGGUCGCUAACGGAGCAGGAGCAGGAGCAGACCGGUGGGGCCAGGGGCUGUGCCCCCGCCUGCAGAAGUGGUUCUACGGGAAGUUCGGGGAGUACGUGGAGGACUUCCGGUUCCAGCCCGAGGAGAGCGCGGUGGAGACGGAGGAGCCCCUCAGCGCCCGCAGGCUGACCGAGAACAUGCGGCGACUGAAGCGCGGCGCCAAGCCGGUCACCAGCUUCGUGAAGAACCUUUCCGCCUUAUCCGACUGGCACUCCGUCUACACGUCCGCCAUCGCCUUCACCGUCUACAUGAACGCCGUGUGGCACGGCUGGGCCAUCCCCAUGUUCUUGUUCCUGGCAAUCCUGCGGCUGUCCCUCAAUUACCUCAUAGCCAGGGGCUGGAGGAUACAGUGGAGCAUCGUGCCCGAGGUGUCGGAAGUGGUGGAGCCGCCGAAGGAGGACCUGACCGUGUCGGAGAAGUUCCAGCUGGUGCUGGACGUCGCCCAGAAGGCCCAGAACCUGUUCGGGAAGAUGGCCGACAUCCUGGAGAAGAUCAAGAACCUGUUCAUGUGGGUGCAGCCCGAGAUCACGCAGAAGCUGUACGUCGCGCUGUGGGCCGCCUUCCUGGCCUCCUGCUUCUUCCCCUACCGCCUGGUGGGGCUCGCCGUGGGCCUCUAUGCCGGGAUCAAGUUUUUCCUCAUCGAUUUCGUCUUCAAACGCUGCCCGCGGCUGCGAGCCAAGUACGACACCCCCUACAUCAUCUGGAAGAGCCUGCCCACCGACCCGCAGCUCAAGGAGCGCUCCAGCGCCGCCGCCGUGUCCCGCAGGCUGCAGACGGCGUCCGCGCGGAGCUACGUGGCCAGUGCGCCCGCAGGCCUGGGCCGGGACGAGGACGCCGGCCGCCUCCACAGCACCAAGAAGGGCAACUUCCACGAGAUCUUCAACCUGACGGAGAACGAGCGGCCGCUGGCGGUGUGUGAGAACGGCUGGCGCUGCUGCCUCAUCAACAGAGACCGGAAGAUGCCCACGGACUACAUCCGGAACGGGGUGCUGUACGUGACGGAGAACUACUUGUGCUUCGAGAGCUCCAAGUCCGGCUCCUCCAAGAGGAACAAGGUCAUCCGGCUGGUGGACAUCACCGACAUCCAGAAGUACAAGGUCCUGUCCGUCCUCCCGGGGUCGGGCAUGGGGAUCGCCGUGACGACGCCAUCAACCCAGAAGCCGCUGGUGUUCGGCGCCAUGGUGCACAGGGACGAGGCCUUCGAGACCAUCUUCAGCCAGUACCUGAAGAUCACGGCGGGCGCGGCCUCGGGCAGCGACAGCUAGCGCUCCCGGGCCUGGGGCGUGAUUGACAGCCAGCACUCCCGGGCCUGGGGCGUGAUUGACAGCCAGCACUCCCGGGCCUGGGGCAUGAUUGACAGCCAGCACUCCCGGGCGCUGGGGCGUGAUUGACAGCCAGCACUCCCGGGCCUGGGGCGUGAUUGACAGCCAGCGCUCCCGGGCCUGGGGCGUGAUUGACAGCCAGCACUCCCGGGCGCUGGGGUGUGAUUGACAGCCAGCACUCCCGGGCCUGGGGCGUGAUUGACAGCGGGUAGCAGGGAAACAAUCGGACGUCCUCGUGAUCUUUUGCAAUAACCCCCUGGACCUGUGGCUUCUGUCGUGCGGACCUGCGUUCACAGACCCUGCGCGGGGGCGGGGGCGCUCGGACGGUGCCAGCCGCCUGCGGGCCAGGCAGGUCCCCGACUGGGCACAGGGCAGGGUCCUCGGAGGCCGCGGGAGGAAGACACACAGGACGCGGUGUCCGUCCGCCAAGCACACGGCUCCUCUCCCCGCGGGACGGCCCGGCCCGCAGCGGCUCCGGAGGCCGGCGCUCUCCCACCAAAGCCAUAGCUGCGGGACGUCGACGACACGACGGAGGCCCCUCACCGGCCUCUGCACCCGCCGGGACCUGCUCUUCCUUCGGCGGGACCCUGCCGCGUGGCCCCCGAGCGCCAUGGGCUUGUGUGGGGGCCGCGAGCCUCCGGCCGGGAUUGGCCCACGGUCUGUCCGGCCUCCGGCCGCUUGGCCUGUGUCCCGCCUGACGGGGGUGGAGGGCUGUGUGGCCGGAAGCACAUUUUUAACACUUUGCUCUUGGAAGGCCCAGGGGGCUGAGGUGAAAGGGGGCGCCUGCGUGGCCGGCGUGGGCCUCCGUGAGCCGCCCGGCCGGUGAGGGGCUCGGGGCUGGGGGCCCAGCUGUGCAGACGCUCUGGGACGUGACCGUGAGCAGAGCCUAGAGGUUGGGCCGGGCAGUUGUUCCCCUGGCAUCCGAGCGUUCCUGUCCGCGUGCCCGCGCCCACACGCACACGCACACGUACACGCACACGGAUGGGAGCGAGCCCCGCCCUCCCAGCUGGUCUGGGCCCGCCCUGCCGAGGAAGCCACAGCCCUGGUGGAGGUGGCCAGGCUCAGUGCAUUCUGGGACAGCCCUGGACGCCAGCCCGGUGUCCCCACAGGCCUGUGGCUGCUGCAAAAACCACGCUUGUGGGAGUGGGGGGUCACGUGACCCCCGCAGGUCAGCGCACUUCCCACACGGGUUGCUCCAGCUCCACCCGUCCCGAGGCCUUGGGGUGUUGGUGAGGUUGUCGUUUUUUGAAGAAACAGAUUCUAUUUUUUACAGAGAGCAAGCUGCUUUCCUUAUUUUUGUAUCGUUUUUCAGAUGUGAUUUUUACCUCUGCUCCGUCCUCUUUGCUGGUUUGGGGGAGGUUGGUAGCGUCAUUCCUGUCACCCCCUCAGGGCGGGCCUCAAGGGUGCCCAGCCCGCCCCGCGGUGAGGCCCGGGGCCGCAGCGCCCGCCGGCUUGGGCACGGGCACCGGGAAGGGAAGGGAAGCAGGACCUGCUGGACCUUGGCUUUGCUCCCACGGGGAUCGCAGGUGGACGCGCUCGUGGGCUGAGGCCCCGGGGACGCCCAGGGGCGCACCGCAGAGGGGCUCCCGCGUGGCGUCCACAGCGAGGCGGCGUGGGCCUGAGCGGCCCCGGGCCGGGCCGUGGGUGAGCCCCCGGGUGCCGCGGGCCAGCGCGUGCCUCUUGGCCGGCAGGGGGGACUGUCCCCGGCUGGGGCCCUGCGGCAGGGGUGGUGUUGGAGUCCCUUCUGAGAAGAAGGGAGAUGAAAACUCACCACGUGACAGGGUGUGGCGGCCCGGCCCCCCACGGAGGGCCGAGGGGUGCUGGGGUACGGGGUGGGGUCCCCGAGUUGCACUGCGGGCCGGCGGCGGGCAGAGCGCAGACCUGUGCAGGCCCCGGGCUCGCUCCCGUCGGGGACCUGUGGCUUCACUGAAUGUAAACCUGGGAGAUGUUUCAUUUCUACGACUCGUCCCUGGACGAGAGGGACGCAGACGCUGCUGCUCCUCUCGUUGUAAAUACCGCGACGUGUGACUGUUCGCGAAAGGGUUGUACUGUACGAGGGACGGACACCCUGUAACGUUUUUUAAGAGACCUUGUUUAAAGAAGAAGUCUUGUAUAAAUUAUAAUUUUAUUUAAAUAAACCUGAAAUGCUUUG